AUGAGAUCUGAACACCAGAACAACCUUCCGCAAGUCAUCAUGGACACACUAGUUCCGCUUUCCACAUGCUACUUGUUUGAAUGCAAUGUCCCUCCUCAAUGGAAAACCAACAAGACCGUGCUUUUGUUCAAGAAGAGUGAACUCUACGAUAUCGGCAACAAUCGCCCAAUCUGCUUACUGUUCAUCGCCAACAAUCUUUUCCCUCGAGUCAUCCUAAACCAGAUUUACAAGACACUUGAUAGAGAACAGCCAUUUGACAAGCAGGACUUCGAAAACGAAUCAAGGCGAUGGAUCUCAUCCACACGAUAA